AUGUCCUCUACCCAACAAGAAAUCGCCGAAUUGGCCAAAGAAUUGAAGGCCAACCUCAAGCAGAUCCCCGACUUCCCUUCGCCAGGGAUCUUAUUCGAAGAUUUCUUGCCCAUCUUCACCAAACCAGACUUGUUCCAAAAGUUGGUCAACGCCUUCAAGUUGCACGUUGGCGACCAAAAGGUUGACUACGUGGUGGGUUUGGAAAGCAGAGGCUUCUUGUUCGGUCCUACCUUGGCCUUGGCCUUGAAUGCCGGCUUUGUUCCCGUCAGAAAGCCAGGAAAGUUGCCAGGAGAUGUCCACCAGGUCGAGUUCCAAAAGGAGUACGGUUCCGACAAGUUCGAGAUGCAAAAGGGGGUUAUCCCAGAAGGUGCUAAGGUCUUGAUUGUCGACGACAUCUUGGCCACCGGUGGCAGUGCCUACGGUGCUGGUGAACUUGUCAAGUUGAAUAAGGGUGACAUUGUGGAGUACCUCUUCGUUUUGGAGUUGGACUUCUUGAAGGGCAGAGACAGAUUGGGCAAGCCAGUCUUCACCCUCUUGAGUGGACAACCCGAGAAGUUGUCCAACUAG